AAAUACUAAAAACGGGACAACAAUCAAAAGCGAAUAUCGAGACAAUGGUGCGACUGAAUGUUGCAGAGCAACACAGCAGCAACAACAGCAACAGCAACACGAGCAACAUCCAGAACAACAACAACAGCAAUGCGGGUGGCAGCUGCUCCUCGACCACAUCAUCGACAACGAGCCUGAACAGCAACUCGGCCUCGCCAGCGUGCAACAUGGUGAUGUUGCAGGCCCCACCGCCAGCUGCAGUGGUAGUGGCAGCGGCAGCAGCACCACCACCACCAGGACCACAUCCACACUUGCAACAAAUAGUGGCGACUACCACCCAACCGCCGCCACAGCAGCAGCAGCAGCAGCAUCAACCGCAACAGCAGCAGCAACAGCAGCAACAUUCACCUUCGGACGGCGGUUCCUCGAACUGUUCGCUGCCGUCAUCGCCGCCAUUGUUGCAGCAGACCGCAACGCCGCCGCAGGGGGCACAGAUUGUGCCGCCCGUCUGUGCGCUGCACCACCCACAGCAGCAACUGGCGCUGAUGGCCGCCAUGCAGCAUCACCAGCACAUGCUGCAGCAGCCGCCACCGCCGCCGCCGCACGCUCUCCACCAUGCACCGCCGCCGCAUCCCCCCAGCACACAGCAGCAGCCCCACCAGCCGCCACCGCAGCCGCACGAGAAUGGCCAUGGCGGAGGCGUCUCCCCCAACGGCGGAGGCGGGUCGUCGGCGAGCAGCGUGAGCAGCAUCUCCAGCGGCAGUGGCGGGAGUCAGGGCAACGGCUCCAUCAACGGCACCAACGGCAUUGGGCCGCCGAAUGUGGCACCACCGCCGCCGGCACAGCUGCCGCCGGGGCAGCUGUACAUCCCGUAUCCGAGCGAGUUCUAUCCGGAGUACUACAUCGCCCCGCACCCGCACGAGGGCAUCUGUCCGCAGCAUCCGCAUCAUCCGCAUCCGCAUCCGCAUGCGCACCACCACCAGCCCAUGUGCGCCAUGUCAGCGGAAUACGGUAAGCAACAAUCAACGAUGAUUACGUAUACGAACCGUUUCGGCGUGAAGUGUCCCGCAACCGUUCAAAUGGUUUCCCAGAGUCGACCGCCGCCACCGAUGACGGUGCCCGUCCAGGUGCCGCAGUACGUCAGCGAGAACGGGACUGUGACCCACGUGAUGCUGUCGCCGCAGCAGUACCAACAGCUCCAUCCCGGACAGGGACACCUCCAUCCACAGCCAUUUAUAAGCGCCAAUGGUACAUCGCAUUUCUAUACGCCGGCCAUGGCCGGCUAUCCACCAGGUCCUGCUGGCAACGGACCACCGCACUAUCAUCUGCAGCAGCCACAGGGUGCACCGCAGCAGCCACCGCCCAGCGUGGGAGGCGGAGGGGGACCGCCGCCACCUGUGAAUGCUGCACAGCAGCAGCCGCCGCCAGUCCACACACAUUCCCCGCACUCGCCGUCGCCGCCCAACUAUCGGGAUGAGCGCAGCCAGAGGCAGCAUACGAAGCUGCUGCGGAAGCUGGAGAAGCAGAGGGAGUCCAAUCCCGCCUUGUCCACGCCCACACAUUCGCCUUCGCUGAGGGGUGUCAACGAUCUGAAUGGCCAUCACACCAACAACAACAACAUUCCGGUGGGUGUAUUGCCCCUGCCACCGCACCUCAACAAUCAUCAUCACAUGAACAACAACAGCCACUUGCACAACAACAACAAUCAUGUGCGUCGCCUCGCGCAGCAGCAGCUGCAGCAACAACAGCAACAGCAGCAGCCGCAGCCGCUGACGCAGAGGAACGGCAAUCCCAAUGUCACGCAAGGACCAGCCACGCCCCUGCCCCAGCGAACGGGCAGCAGUGUGGGCGGCGCCAGUUCGGUGGGCACAUCGGAGGAUGGCGAAGACAACUCCAGUCUGGCCGGAGAGGAUGAGGAAGACUACCAGUCGACGAUUGUGGAGCAAAUAUCGGCGAUUGAGAAGCCCGAGGUGAUUGACGUGACCUCGAAGGCAGCGAAGAUCAUCUGGGAGUCGCCCGUCAUCACCGAUGCCUUGCUCAUCAAUAUGCACGAGCUGCACUACCAGGUCCUGCUCAGCGACUCGGGCAAACAGUGCAAAUACAAGAGUCUCUAUCGAGGCGAGGCCCACGAAUGCAUUGUCCAGGAUCUGCAGCCGGGACAGGACUAUCUGGUGCGGCUGCAAGUCCACUACCAGAAGCUGCAGGGCACCGUCAGCGAGCCGACAGAGUUCCGAACGCCAGCCUGCGAGCCGGAGCCGCCGCUGCCCCCCAAACUGGUGUCGCGCACCAAGAGCUCCAUUAAUCUACGCUGGGCUGCACCGCCUGCGAAUGGCGCAACCAUUCAGCACUAUCUGCUGGAGUACGACGAGGGCAAGGGCCAGCCGCUCAAGUUCGUGGAACUGGCCAAGAUCAAGGCCAAGCACUAUGUGAUCAGCAAGCUGCAGGCCACGACUGUCUACAGCUUCCGCCUGGCCGCCGUCAACGAGGUGGGCAAGUCCCCGUACUCGCCCAUCAGCAGCUACAGCACCGCGGGCAAUCCCCCGGCCGUGCCCAAGCCCCCGCAGCUGCACUCGAGCAGCCCCAGCUCGCUGAAGCUGUUCUGGGAGAGGCGCACCCAGGACGGGGACUUCCUGCUGCAGCUGCAGGAUGCAGAGUCCGGACACGGCUACCUGAACACCUACAAGGGUACCGAUCUCCACUACGAGUGCCUGCAGCUGCGCCGGGCGUGCAGCUACCAGUUCCGUCUCCGAUCCGAGAACGAGGCCGGAGUCUCGCCCUGGUCGCCAGAGGUCAGCUACCGAACGGCCGCCGAGCGUCCGGGCAGGCCGGGCAAGCCGAGUGCCAAGGGCAAGAUCCAUGGCACCCACUUCAAGGCGCGCUGGGACACGCCCUCGGACACCGGCGGAGCGAGCAUACUUCGCUACCAUCUGGAGCUGAGUUCGGGGUCCGUUUUCGAGCGCAUCUACAGCGGCUCCGAGUCGGAGGCCAUGUGCGAGCGCCUCCAGCCGGGGACCACCUAUCAGCUGCGUGCCUGCUGCGAGGGUCCCGCCGGCCAAAGUCCGUUCUCGGACAUCGGACAUGUCACCACAGAGGCUGUGGCCCCGGCGGCCCCGCCUCCGCCGUACUCCAGUGACCCGCCCUCGCCGUAUGCAGCCCUCCUGAAGCUCCUCCAGCCGGACUACAAUGGCGGCGCCCCCAUCCUAGAGUUUGAGGUUCAAAUGCGCCGCUUGGAGCAGGUGCAGCCACCCCACAUCGUGUACAGAGGCAAGCAGGCGUACUUCGUGGCCCAGGAUCUGGUGCCGGGCGGCAUGUACGAGGUGCAAGUGCGAGCCAUCAAUCGCAUCGGAGCCGGCAACUGGUCCCAGUGGAUGAAAUUCACAGCCGCAGCAGCCGCACCUGGCGUACCCGAGGAGCUGCGAGUGCUGGUCAAGUCGGCCACCCAUCUGAGUGUGAGCUGGCAGGCGCCGCUCCACGAGAACGGAGCCCCAGUCACCAACUACAUCCUGAAAAGUGCCAGCCAAGAGAAGCGCAGCGAGGAGCAGGAUCAGGACCAGGAGCCCCCGAGAGAGCCACCCAGCACGGAGUUCCACAACUGCUACCAGGGAGCACAGACGUGUGCCGAACUGAGGAACCUCGCGCCCUUCACACGCUACUUCUUCCGCAUCCUGGCCAGCAAUGCCGCCGGCUCUGGCUCCGCCUCGGAGGUGGUGAGCGUGAGCACCCCGGCCGCCGUGCCCGGCGCCCCCCAAAUGCAGGGAUACGAGUUCACCGCCCAGGAGGUGACCCUCAACUGGACCCAGCCGGCGGCGCACGGCUCUCCCAUCUGCUCGUACAACAUCGAGUACGGAGAGCGGACCAUUGCCACACCGGAUGCGUGCACCCGGUACACAGUGACGGGCCUGAUGCCCGAGACCAGCUACAAGUUCCGCGUCCAGGCCGUGAACGCCAUCGGAGCCGGAGCAUUCAGUGCCUAUGCGAAGCUGACCACGCAGCCGGCGCCACCAGCUCCACCGCGGCUCGAGUGCAGCGGAGCGGGCCACAACUACAUCAAACUGAAGUGGGGCGAGGGCGGACCGGGCGGCAAGACCAAUGGAGCCGCUGCCGGCGGAGGCGCCGACUUCACCAAGUACUUUGUGGAGAUGUACGUGACCCGGGCGAAGCAGUUCCAGGCCGUCUACUCCGGCACCAAUUGCAUGUGCAAGGUGCACAAGCUGCAGGAGCGCAGCAGCUACACCUUCCGCAUCUACGCCCACACGGACAGGGCUGGAGACGGCGACUACUCCGAGGACUACGUGUUCGAGACGAGCGCCACGCUGCCGGCCAACAUCAAGCCGCCGCGUGUGGUGCACGAGAACAGCGUGUGCCUGAUGGACCUGCCCGGCCAGUUGGGCAUGCAGCUGACCCUCGAGUGGCAGCACUCGAAGAACUCCUUCCACGACCGAGUCGAGUACGAGCUGCAGUACGCGGUCCUGGGAGCCGCCGAGCUGGAAACGGAGACGCCCAAGGGACGCAGCAGCAGCUCCAGCGGCAGCGCCAGCGGAGCUCCCCUCAAUCUGGCCAACCAGGACUACCGUCAGCUGUACCGCGGCCCCGAGACCAAGUUCACCAUCGACAAUCUAGCCGCGGGUACCUGCUACCAGUUCCGCGUGUGUCCCGUGCGGAUAGCCUCCGGCGGAGAGCUGCUCUACGGGCAGCCGUCGAGUCCGCUGCGGUAUCAGGUGCCCAGCGAGCUGGAUCCCAGCUCGGCCACCUGCCACCACCUGCAUGGCUCCACGUCCCCCAAUACGGCCACACACUCGCAGCGCAGCAGCCGGAAGCUGUCGGCGGGCAAUGGCUCCACCAAUGGCCUGCACCUGAGGUCCGUAAGUGCCUCGGCCAUCAGUGGCUGCAGCGGCGUGGGAGCCGAUCCCCUCGCCAUUGGCCGGCUGCAGCAGGAGCUGUCGAGCUUCAACGCCUGCGGCGAUCCACUGCGUCAUCAUCAUGGAAAUGAAUCCGCAAUGAGAUGUGAAAUGGCUCACUUUCACCAUCAUCACCAUCAACCGUGCGGCGGAGAUGGCAACGCUUCGUCUGGCUCCUCCACGGCGGGCUCCAGCUGCGCCGGCUCCAAUCUCCUUCUGCGCGGCAACCACAUGCAUCACACGCACCAUAUGCACCACUCCCAUCACAUGCACCAUGCCCAUCAUCCGCACGGCGGCGGUGGCGUCGGUGCCAUCAGCGGGAGCUCCUCCACGGCCAUCUCCGCAAGACUGGCCAGCCAGGGCGGCACCCUGCGUCGCUUUGCGGCCAAGAUGACGUCGCUCUACUGCAAUCGGAAGCGGCUGAGCGACCAGCAGAAGGCCGUCUGCAUUGUGGUUUCAUUCCUGUUUGUCACCAUCCUGGCGGCGAUGCUGGUCAACAUGCUGCGCGGCUAAUGGUGCCCUCGCCCUCCAACUGGAACAUGCAACACGCGACAUGCAAAUCGAAAACUGAAAGAAGAGUAAGGAAAAUGAUAAAAAACUAAAAAAAAAGAAAAACAAAUGCACUUUAUGUCUCAAAGAAGUGAUUCAAACAAUUAGUUGUAAUUAUGUAUUUUUUAUAUAAACAAAAUCAAAAGAAAUCAAAUUGUAAAUUGUCUAAUUUUAAAGAAACAAAACAAGCAACUAACCAGCAGAAUAAGAACAGGAAAACCUAGAAGAAAAACACACAAUAAACUGUAUUUAAAUGUACACAAAAAAAAACGAAACUAAUACAUUCACACGUCUCGUCUAAA